UGGAGUUUUACUAAAAAUGCGUUCAAUGAAUUUCUCUAUACAGUUUAUUUUUAUUUUCAUGGUUUAUUUUCUAGAUCUUUUGCCAUCUCUGAAGAAACUACAAUUCUUAGACUUCUCUAAUGGAGCUUGAAAACAGUGAUGGCCGGGAUACAGUGAAGGAAACAGUUGAUUUAAUAAGAGGAAAAAGACGAAAACUUAAGAAACCAGUUGGUCUUCCUCCUCCUUCACCUCCUCAUCAGAGAAUAAGAAGAAACCGGAAAGUUAGUGCUGUUGCAUUGGCAGUAUCUGCCACUGCUGUCGCUCCCUUAAGACGCUUAGAAAUAUUGCUUCAGGUUCAAAACUCUACAAAUAUAAAAUACAAAGAUAUAAUUCAAGGCUUAAAACAUAUGAGGAGAACUGAUGGUUUUCGAGGAUUAUUCAAGGGAAAUGGUGCUUAUAUUGCGUAUGCCAUGUCAUUCUCUACAAUCUCCGUUGUUGUGGCUCAUUCAUUAGCAAGGACUAUAUGGCGUCAUUGGCUGGAGCAGCAGCAGCAGCCAGGCAAAGAAAAUCUUAAGCUUCCUAUUUUGGUAGUCCCUGGACUUCGAGCAUGCACUCUGGUGAUUGCAAUGGCAGCAACGUACCCCAUGAACAUGGUACAGGGAAGGCUUUCUGUCCAGACAGGAAAAUCACCAUAUCAAUACAGAGGAAUAUACCAUGCUCUAUCAACAAUUGCCCGAGAAGAAGGCACACGAGCUUUAUAUAAAGGAUGCCUUCCUUUUACCAUCGGACUAGUGGUACAGAUGGGCGUGAACAUCACUGUCAUUGAAUCUUUUCGUAUAAGCACAGAAAGAGUCGUGAUAGGGAGGUACAUAGAAUCGAAGUCGAAGGGCAUAAAUCCUGAAGUGCAUGAAGAGAUGGCAGCAAUAAAGAAAAAAAUUCCAUAUUUUCAAGAUUUUGCAUCUGCCAUAAGCCAUACCUUUGCUUAUCCUUUCAAUGUUAUUCAUCGAAGAAUGCAAAUGGGGGGUUGGAAAAAUUCUUCAUCAAUCGUUGCAUGUGAUGGUAACAACAAGGCAGCAAUUGAGUUUACAGGCAUGUGUGAUGCAUUCAAGAAAACCAUUAGAAAUGAUGGUUUUAAAGCACUGUACAAGGGUUUUGUUCCCAACUUACUAAUGAAGGUACUCCCAAUUUCAAUAGUUGGAUCUCUGGUACACCGGGGGCUGAUGGAAGGUCUUGGAGUUGAGGUAAAUAUCAACGAACCAUAAAGUGAGAACGAGACACAUGAGGUUGUCAGAAUUUUAGAGCUAUUAUUAUUCAAUAUAUGGAGAUUUAUAAGUUGAUUUAUUAAGGGUGAGUAGUUGGUUGUUGAGAAAGUAAAAAAACUCUUCAACCUCUGCUGGUAAGCAGAAAUCUAUCAUUUGACCGGAAGUGCAGGGAAAAUGUUCAAGCCAAUGACUUUUUUUUAGUGUAACAAGUACUAAUGUAAAAUUACCAUGAAGAAUUCUUGUCUGAAAUUAGUGUUUUG